CAGAGACGCGUCCGGCAGCUGCAGCCAGAGAGAGAGAGAGAGAGAGAGAGAGAGAUCGCCGUGAGACCGCCCAGAGAGACCACAGUCAUGGAGGAGACCUGGGGAGCGCUCACCCUUACACUGCUGUCUGCCAUACUACAAGGGGUCGGCGCUGUUAACCCUGAGGGAACCCUGAGGGACAAGUUAUUUGAAAACUACAACAUCCAUGUCCGGCCCACGAGGAGCCCCCAGGAGAAGGUGUCCGUCCAAGUGGGGAUGGUUCUGUCCCAAAUCAUCAGCGUGAAUGAGAAGGAUGAAGAGCUGACCACUAAGGGCUUCAUGAACCUGGCUUGGAAUGAUCUCCGACUGACCUGGGACCCCAAACAAUACAACGGCAUCGAGACCCUGAGGUUCCCCUCCGAGGAUGUGUGGAAGCCGGAUAUUGUCCUAAUAAACAACAAUGACGGAGUAUUUGAGGUUGCGUUACAGGUGGAAGUCCUAGUGAACUGGCAAGGCAAUGUGACGUGGCACCCGCCGGCCCUAUACCACAGCAGCUGCAGCAUCGUGGUCGAGUACUUUCCUUUCGACUGGCAGAACUGCAGCAUGGUGUUCCGCUCUCAGACCUACGACGCCGAGGAGAUCACGCUGGAGCAUCCCCGAGACCCCAAAGGAAAGGAAAUAACUCAAGUGGUCAUCUACCCAAACACCUUCACAGAGAACGGCCAGUGGGAGAUCCGACACCGCUCUUCUCGGAAGAACACUCUACCCACAGACCCGACCUACGAGGACAUCACCUUUUAUUUGGUGAUCCGCCGGAAACCCUUGUUCUAUAUCGUCAACAUCAUCGUCCCAUGUAUCCUCAUUACCAUCCUGGCCAUCUUUGUUUUCUAUCUGCCACCGGAUGCAGGUGAGAAGAUGACCCUCUCCAUCUUUGCCCUCCUUACCCUCACUGUCUUCUUGCUGCUUCUGGCUGAUAAAGUCCCGGAGACGUCUUUGGCCGUUCCCAUCAUUGUCAACUAUCUGAUGUUCACCAUGAUCCUGGUCACCUUCUCUGUCAUCCUGAGUGUUGUGGUCCUGAACCUGCACCACCGCUCUCCGAACACCCACCAUAUGCCCCAGUGGGUGCGGCAGAUCUUUAUUCUUCUUCUGCCCCGUUAUCUUGGGAUCAGUCGCCCUAAACCUGAACCCCCUCUAGUCAGCCCUUCACCAUUAUUACGUACAGUCGCUGCUCCACGACAUGCGGACGAGUACUUUAUACGCCGGCCUGAAAAUGACUUUAUCUUCCCCAAACAAGAGCGGUACCAGGCGGACCUGUUCUCCAGAGACAUGAAAUGGUUCCUGGAUGGUCCCAGUCUGGGACUCACUCUCCCCCCUGAUCUACAGUCUGCGAUCAGCGCCAUCCGGUACCUCGCCCAGCAGCUGCAGGAACAGGAAGACUAUGAUGCUCUGAAGGAGGACUGGCAGUACGUGGCCAUGGUGGUCGACCGCCUCUUUCUCUGGACUUUCAUCGUUUUCACCUCUCUGGGGACCCUGACCAUCUUCCUGGAUGCCAGCUUCAACCGGCCACCAGACACCCCGUUUCCCUGAUUCUGUAAUACCCUGUGACCCCUCAAUAAAGGGGGGCAGAUAUCACUCCCAUGUUGCUCUCAUAUUGUUCAUUACUCAUAUGUUGGACAUUCGCCCACAGGAUCCUCCACAUAAAUGAUGACCCGAUCCUGGUCUGGCGGCUUUCGUUGAGUUAAUAAAUAAUUUUUAUGCUUUAUACAUUCUUGUCCAGUUAUAUUACUAUUGACUAUACCACCAAAUAAAUUCAGAAAAGACAACACCUGUGAAUGGACGCAGAGCACAGACAUCCUCAUAGUCCUGCUUUGGCUCUAUAUCGGUCUAC